UGCCAUUGGUGGUGCUUUUGGUAGUGCUCUUGGUAGUGCCCUUGGUGGUGUCUUUAGUAAUACUUUUGGUGGCAUUCUUGGUAGUGCUCUUAGUAGUAUGUCUGCUAGUAGUAUUUUUAGUAAUAGUGCUUUUAAUAGUGCUGUUACCAAUAGUUGUAGUAUUUAA